GACAACAGCUUUGGAAAAAAAUCCGGAUGAUGCCGAAUCUUAUUGUCAACGAGCUUAUGCUUAUAUCCUUCUACAGAAAUAUGCUGAUGCAGUUGCAGAUGCAAAGAAGUCCCUAGAACUCAACCCCCGUAACGCCGUGGCGCUCCUUAGGAAAGGGUUAGGUGAAUAUCAUAUCAAAAACUAUGAGUCUGCUUUAGAGUCUUUCAGAGAAGGCCAGAGACUGGACAAUGUAGAUGAUACCUUUACUGUUUGGAUUAAAAGAUGUGAAGAAACACUAAAUGCAUCACAGACAGAAGAGCCACAACCUCUGCCACCAAAGAUCAAAUAUGACUGGUACCAAACAGAAUCUCAAGUAAUUGUGACUAUAAUGAUCAAGAAUGCACAGAAGGAUGAUGUCAGCGUACAGUUCUCAGAGAAAGAGAUGAGUGCAUCAGUGAGGCUUCCAUCAGGAGAAGACUACAACUUAAAGCUCGCUCUUCUUCAUUCUAUAGUGCCGGAGCAAAGUACAUUUAAAGUGCUUUCAACAAAGGUUGAGAUAAAAAUGAAGAAGCCAGAGGCUGUAAGAUGGGAAAAGCUGGAGGGACAGGGAAAUUCUCCUAAAGUAAAGCAAUUUACACCAGAUACCCAGCACUUAUAUCCAUCCUCCUCACACUAUACAAGGAACUGGGACAAACUGGUAGUUGAAAUAAAAGAAGAGGAGAAGAAUGAGAAGUUAGAAGGAGAUGCUGCUUUAAAUAAACUCUUCCAGCAAAUUUAUUCUGAUGGCACAGAUGAAGUGAAACGUGCCAUGAACAAAUCAUUUAUGGAGUCUGGAGGCACAGUUCUGAGCACCAACUGGUCUGAUGUUGGUAAAAGGAAGGUGGAAGUCAAUCCUCCUGAUGACGUGGAAUGGAAAAAAUUCUAAUCUUAUUUUUAACCUUUUACCACCUGUGUGUUGCCAUAGUCAUGUACUGACCACUGUGUAUGGACAUAGCAUUCUUGAAUCCAAAGCACUGAAUGUUCCCUUGGAAACAGGAAUUGUCUUUGCAUUUUGCGUGCUUUAGAAAUUCCUUCAUCCACAGAUCUUAAAGAAAUACUCAAGAAUGGAACCCUGUUUUCACCAUCUAUGUCUAAUUUUUUGGAAAUUGAGUAAAUCAGUCUAAAUUUUCUACCACCUCUAUCAGCUCUGCUCUUUGGGGAUGGGGUGAUCUCUAAUGGCUGGUCAGGAUUUUUGCCUUACGCCUGGUAUUUCUGCUCAAUAACUUAUUAGAUCUCGGCAACUUUGGGUAAAAACACUUUUCAACAACAGUGUUAAAAUUGUUUGCUCUUUAAACCUGCUAAAUAAAGCUGUAAAUAGAACUUU